AUGGCUUUCAUUCAUUUGGAUAUCAGAUGCCUAUAUACCCUUCUUAUUUGGACAGUAUUUGGCUGUACUUUGUCUUCAAACACCGAGAUAAAAGUUAAUCCUCCUCAGGAUUUUGAGAUAGUAGAUCCUGGAUAUUUAGGUUAUCUCUAUUUGCAAUGGCAACCUCCACUCUCUCUGGAUAAUCUUAAGGAAUGCACAGUAGAAUAUGUAUCAAAAUACCGAAGCAUUGAUACUGAAAACUGGAAGACCAUCAUUACUAAGAAUCUACAUUACAAAGAUGGGUUUGAUCUUAACAAGGGCAUUGAAGCAAAGAUACACACACUUCUGCCAGGGCAGUGCACAAAUGGAUCAGAAGUUCAAAGUUCAUGGUCAGAAGCUACUUAUUGGAUACUUCCACAAGGAAAUUUGGAAACUAAAAUUCAAGAUAUGUAUUGCAUAUACUACAACUGGCAAUAUUUACUCUGCUCUUGGAAACCUGGCCUGGGUGUUCAUUUUGAUACCAAUUACAACUUGUUUUACUGGUAAUAUGAAGGCUUGAACCAUGCCUUACAGUGUUCCAAUUACAUCAAGGCUAAUGGAAAAAAUAUUGGAUGCAGGUUUCCCUACUUGGAGUCAUCAGACUAUAAAGACUUCUAUAUUUGUGUUAACGGAUCAUCAGAAUCCAAGCCUAUCAGAUCCAGCUAUUUCAUUUUUCAACUUCAAAAUAUAGUAAAACCUUUGCCACCAGACUACUUAAGUCUUACUGUGAAGAAUUCAAGUGAAAUUAACCUGAAAUGGAGCAUGCCCAGAGGACCCAUUCCAGCAAAGUGUUUAAUUUAUCAAGUUGUGCUCACAGAAGAUGAUACUACCUGGGUGACUACCACAGUUGAAAAUGAAAUGUGCAUCAUAAGACAGUCAAAUGAACGCCAACAAUUAUGCUUUAUGGUAAGAAGCAAAGUGAAUAUUUAUUGCUCAGAUGAUGGAAUUUGGAGUGAGUGGAGUGAUGAACAAUGCUGGAAAGGUGACAUGUGGAAGAAAACUUUGCUAUAUUUUGUGAUACCAUUUGCUUUUGUCUUAUUAUUUAUUUUGUUAAUAACUAUUCUGCUUAUGUAUAAGCAAAAAGCUUUACUUAAAAUGCUUUUUGAUUCCAAAAAAGAAGUUUUUUUCUCAUCAAAAGAUACUCUGUUGAUUUACCAGUUUCCAGUCAUAUGGCCAAAUAAUGUUAACUAUGAGACAUUAAACUAA